AUGACGCCUGUAUCUGCUCAGGCACUUGCCAGCCUUGACUUGGAAGCUGUGAGCGGUGUCGGUAUCCUCGGCCUUGUGCUCUGCUUGGGUUGGUGGAUUUAUCGCCAGGCCUUUUGUACCGAUGUUCCACGAAUCCCCGGCAUUCCAGAAGCCCCCGGCGCUGUGCCCUUCUUCGGGCAUCUGAAAGUACUUGGUCAAGACCAUGCCUCAAAACUCCAAGAAUGGGCCGUCAAGAAUGAAUGGCCUGUUUUCCAGGCAAGAUUGGGCAACCGACGGAUUCUAGUCCUCAAUACAUUUUCGGCGGCACAGGACUUCAUGGUCAAACAUGCAAGCGCUACCAUUGAUCGGCCACUUUUUCACACCUUUCAUUCAGUUCUGAGUACCACUCAAGGUGGUACCAUAGGCACAGCACCGUGGGAUGAGUCAUGCAAACGACGCCGAACGGCUGUGGGGGCCAUUAUGACACGACCUGCAAUCCUCAAGAGCACACCAAUGCUGGAUCUGGAAAUCAGUGCUUUGAUCAAAGACCUGGCAGCCGACGGCCUAGGACUGCGCCAACAGAAAGAUGGCUUUGGCUUGGAAGUUAACCCUCGCCUUCACUUCGAACGCAUGGCAUUGAACCUCACCUUGAUGAUGUGUUACUCAACACGAUUCGAAAGUCUCCAAGAUCCCAUGUUGCACGAACUUCUUGAAAUAGCAACCUCUGUCUCGACAUUCCGCUCCACCAACAACAACGUGCAAGAUUACGUACCAUUUUAUCGAUAUCUUCCAACCAACGACAGGACACAACUUGCCAUCACAAACCGUGUCAGAAGAGACGAGAUUCUGGGAAGUUUGCUCGAUAAAGUAGACAAGGCAAUGAAGGAAGGAAAGCCAGUGCAGUGCUUAUCACAAGGUCUGCUCAGCGAAGAAGGUGCAUCGAGACUGACAGAUGCCGAAAUUCGAUCGGUCAACGUAUCUCUUGUGUCGGGAGGAUUUGAGACCGUAGCAGCAACAGGGCUUGCGGGAUUCGGGUAUCUCUCCUCGCCUGAAGGUCAAGAAACCCAGGAAAAGGCUUUCAAAGCGAUUAUGGAAGUAUAUCCAGAUCCAGAGCAGGCUUGGGAAGCGUGCUUGAAAGAAGAGCAAGUGCAAUAUGUGGUGGCUUUGGUUCGUGAAAUGCUCAGGUAUUAUCCAGCUAUCCCAUUGCUUCCCCCUCGUCAAACUUGCAAGGAAUUUGAAUGGCAAGGGGUCAAGAUUCCUUCCAAUGUUGCCCUUUACCAAAAUGCACAAGCCAUCAACCACGACCACACCGCAUAUGGACCUGACGCCAACGAAUUUCGCCCGGAGCGCUGGCUUGAUGAGGAUUCAAAAAUCAAAGUUGGCCCACCGUUCCAUUACAGUUUUGGAGCUGGUUCCAGGAUGUGCACAGCAGUGGCCCUGUCCAAUCGGAUCUUGUAUGCUGUUUUUGUCCGGUUGAUCUUACACUUCAAGUCUGUGGGAUCUUCAACCAUGCCCCCUGUCACGGACUUUGUCGAAUACAAUGAGGAUCACACUGGCCAAACGGUUAUCGUGAAACCGUACCGGGUUACCUUGAAGGAACGCCUCCCUCGGGCUACACUUCUCCAAAACCUCGAGACUUCUGAACGGGCUUCGCAAGAGUUGCAAAUUGUAUGA